AUGUAUCGGUUCUUGUUUUAUAUUUGUUGUUAUUCCAACAGUAAGUUUAGCCGAUCGUACUCCUCUUUAAGUGUUGUAGUUGUUGUAGCUGUUCUUGUACUUGUUCGUGAUGCUGUUGUAUUUGUUAUUGGCACCAUUCCUGUAUUUAUUGUUUCUAUUGUGGUAUUUGUUCUUGUUGUUGUUGUCGAAUACGAGUUUUACGACGAUGCUGUUCAGAAUAAAACUGAUUUACAAGGUAUUCAAAUAAUAAAACAUUUAAGAAAUAAUCUUAAUGAUUCAUAUUUUGAAGAAGGCUUUCUAUUAGAAAAAUGUGUUGCUCUUAAUAUGCCAAAACGUAUUGAAAAUGCUCGUAUUUUAAUUGUAAAUACACCAAUGGAUACGAAUAAAAUAAAAGUAUCUGAUUCAUUUGUGCGCGUUGAUUCAGUUGCUAAAGUAACUGAAUUAGAAUUAGCUGAAAAAGAAAAAAUGAAAGAUAAAAUUGAAAAAUUCUUCAAUAUAAUUGUAAUGUUUUUAUUAAUCAGUAGAAACAAAUGA